AUGCAGAUGAAGCAGAUUCUCGCUUUGGCCCUGUCCAUUGCCUCCGCUGAGGCCGCCUACAAGGGUUUCAACUAUGGCUCUACCAACGAGGAUGGUAGCACCCGCUACAAGGCCGACUUCGUUUCCCAGUUCAAGAACGCCAAGAACCUGGUUGGCACUUCCGGCUUCACCAGCGCCCGUCUGUACACUAUGAUUCAGGGUGGCACCACAAACACUCCCAUUGAGGCUAUCGAGGCCGCCAUUGAGGAGGAGACUUCCCUGCUGCUCGGUCUCUGGACCUCCGGUGGUAACAUCGACAACGAGAUCGCUGCUCUGACAUCUGCCAUCAGCACCUACGGUACCUCCUUCACCAAGCUGGUUGUCGGUAUCUCCGUCGGUUCUGAGGAUCUGUACCGUAACUCCGUCACUGGUGUUGAGUCCGAUGCUGGCGUCGGCAUGAACCCCGAUGACCUGAUCAAGUGCAUCGAGUCCGUCAAGAGCGCUAUCUCCGGCACCACCCUGAGCAGCGCCACCAUCGGUCACGUCGACACCUGGGACGCCUGGACCAACACCUCCAACUCUGCUGUCAUCAGCGAGAUUGACUGGCUCGGCUUCGACACCUACCCCUACUACCAGACCACCGAUGAGAACGACAUCGACAACGCCCAGGCCCUCUUCGAUGAGGCUGUCGCCAAGACCAAGGCCGUCGCUGAUGGUAAGGAGAUCUGGGUGACUGAGACUGGUUGGCCCGUUAGCGGUGACUCUGAGAACGAGGGUGUUCCUUCCGUCGCCAACGCCAAGAAGUACUGGGACACUGUCGGUUGCUCUCUCUUCGGUACCACCAACACCUGGUGGUACAUCCAGCAGGAUUACGGUGCCAGCCCCUCCUUCGGUAUUGUCGGCGAGACCCUGAGCACCACCCCCCUGUUCGACCUCACCUGCCCCAACUCCACCACCACCAGCACUAGCACCUCCGCCACCGCCUCCGCCACCGGCAAGACCUCUGGCAAGUCCUCCACCGGCUCCUCCACUGGCUCCAGCUCUGGCGCCAAGGUCUCUGGCUUCUCUGCCGGCCGCAAGGGUAACGGCACUGCUGCCGCUUCCGGUUUCCGCUCCAUGACUGCCUCCGUUCCCCUGGCCUCCGCUUCCGGCUCCAGCUCCUCCGUGUCUGGCUCCAGCUCCUCCGGCUCCGGCUCCAGCUCUUCCGGUUCCAGCUCCAGCUCUGGCGUCUCUGGCUCCAGCUCUGGCUCCAGCUCCUCCAGCUCUGCCUCUGCUUCCUCCACUGCCUACACUGGUGCUGCCACCCGCCCCGCUGGCUCCAUCUUCGGUGCCGUCGUCGCUGCCCUCGCUCUCGCGAUCGCUGUCUAA